ACAGUAUUUAUUUACCACUUGUUACUGUCAGUUUCUGUUUGGUGAUUUCGAGGCUUUCUAGCUGAACAAAAAGUUGCUGGAGUAAGUAUUCGUGGUAAUGGACACCCAGUCCUCAGGGACCUUGCAGUCUCCGUCUACGUACUCUGAGAGCUCCAAGACUGGAAGCAGCAAGUCUGGAGCAAGUGGUGCUGAUAAAGAUAAGGAGCAGGACCUUACUAAGGAUAAUGCUGCGUCGCCCAUCGACCUGGAAUGCCACAUUCAGGCGGAGCGCAUCACCAAGAUCCUGGACGAGGCGAUAUACAAGACGAAGCUGGCCAUCUGUCUCCCGAACCUCGUGCAGGAGUACAAGACCCUCAGUUCUAUCCUGUCCUCUCAGCACAUGGACGAUCUGAUCUUUAUAUUCGAGCAGUACGACAAUCCGCUGUUUUCGACUAGUCUGCUGAAUAUGGCUGCUAUGGAAGAUAUAAAAGGGGGAGACGUAUCUCUAAAAAACCGACUGAAUCCAGAGCUAGGUCACCUUUUGUACAUCAUGAACAGCUAUCCAGCGCUGAGACCCAAAGUCGAGGAGAUGGUGGAUGAGAUGAAAGCAGAUCAUGCUGAAGGGUAUGAGCACCUCAGACCAGUUCCAGGUCUAGAUUAUCUCCUAACGUUUGAGCAGUUCCGCGAGCUGAUGGUGCGUCAAUUACACAUGACGGCUGCCGAGGAGCUGGCCACCAAGAUCAGCACGAGGAAACUGGAGGCUUCCAACGAGAAACUCAUCGACAAGAUCAAAGAAUACACCGCAACAUUGAAGGAUGAAAACACCAGAUUCGAGGAGACGAUGGCUCUGAAGUCAGACAUAAUAACCAAGUUGGAACAAGAGCUGGCUCUACUGAAUCAUGAAGCCACCAUAAAACUUAAAAAGAAAAUAUUAGAUUCAGACCGUCAGAUGGUGCUCGCGACCCGCGCCCAUGCAGUCAAGAGCGAAAUGCUGAAAGAAGAAGAAGUGGAGAGCCGAGAGAGCUACGAGUCUCUGCUCAGGAUACACCUCAUUGAUGAGAAGAAUCAAAGGGCAAGGAGAUUCAAAGUGGAAACCCAGCUGUUAUCAUGGCUACAAAAGUACGACCUGGAAAUGGGGGAUAAGCAGGUGGAGCUUGACGAAUACACAGAGAAGUUUGAAGACGAAACGCAGAAGUGUGAAGACUUAGAGGCGAAACUAGCCGAGCAAGACAAGGAGUACGUGCCGCUAAUGGCCGAGCGCGAAGAAGAAUACCACCAGGAGAUGACGGAGAAGAUGCAGAAGUUCCUCAUGGAGCACGCGGCCAGGGUCAUCCAGGUCGCCUGGAGAGAUGUGCUGGCCAAUAGAGCGGAGAAGAAACGGCUGAAGAAGAUUCAGAAGAAAAUGCAAGCAGCCGCCGCAGCCGCCGAGAAGAAAGGAGGCGGGAAGAAAUAAUGGACCAAGUAACCCAUUU